ACAUCACAUUGGUAGGACGUACCAUGGUCUUUGGCCUUGUGCUGAUAUAAACUCUCAAUAUCAGGGAACUGUUUGUUGCAUUUGUCACAAACAAAAUGAUCAUCACUCUGUAUCUCACUGGUAUGUCCUUGACCUUGAAUAAUUUCUUUGCCACAGGUGUGGCAGAAUAAUAAGCCAUCUCGCAAGUGUGAUCUCCAGUGAUGUUUGAAACUUUGUCGGUGUGUGAAUGUUUUCUUGCAGAUAUCACACUCAAAACUUUGAUUUCUCUUGUGUGCCGAUGUUUUAUGUUGUGUUAACUUGUGUGAUUCUGAAAAUCUCUUGUUGCAAAUGUCACAUUUGUAAGGUUUGUCUCUAGUAUGCAUACUUUUAUGUCUACCUAAGGUGAUCAUUUGUGAAAAUCUCUUCUUGCAAACAUCACAUUCAUAAGGUUUGUCUCCAGUGUGUGUUCUCUUAUGACCUGCUAAGUUGCUGGAUUGAAAAAAUCUCUUGUUGCAAACAUCACAUUCAUAAGGUUUGUCUCCAGUAUGCAUACUUUUAUGUCUAGCUAAGUUGCUCAAUUGUGAAAAUCUUUUGUUGCAAACAUCACAUUCAUGUUUCUCUCCAGUAUGUGUUCUCUUAUGAAUGGUUAAAGCGCUUGAGUGUGAAAAUCUUUUGUUGCAAACAUGGCAUUCAUAAGGUUUCUCUCCAGUGUGUGUUCUCUUAUGACGUGCUAAGUUGCUUGACUGCGAAAAUCUUUCGUUACAAACAUCACAUUCAUAAGGUUUCUCUCCAGUAUGUGUUCUCUUAUGAAUGGUUAAAGCGCUUGAGUGUGAAAAUCUUUUGUUGCAAACAUCACAUUCAUAAGGUUUGUCUCCAGUGUGUGUAUACUUUUAUGUCUAGCUAAGUUGCUCAAUUGUGAAAAUCUUUUGUUGCAAACAUCACAUUCAUGUUUCUCUCCAGUAUGUGUUCUCUUAUGAAUGGUUAAAGCGCUUGAGUGUGAAAAUCUUUUGUUGCAAACCAACUUGCUUGGUCGUAAAAAUCUUUUGUUACAAACAUCACAUUUAUAAGGUUUCUCUUCAGUGUGUGUUCUUUUAUGUCUUAGCAAUGAGCUUCUCUGUGAAAAUACCUUGUUACAAACAUCACAUUUCCUAGACAUGGUUUCAGGCUUUCAGCUUUUGAUCUUUCCCACGUAUGCUCAGACGCGCGCUCAAAUUUCGAUUAAAAAUAUCACCCAACUGUUCUCUCGAGUCUGUCUUUAUUGAAUCUUUAUAAUACUUUGGUUCUUACACAAUUUCUGAUCAUAAAAAUGAGAAUAUUCAGAGACACAGUUUGCAAACAACACGAGUAUCAAAAUAUGGCGCCCAGAAAGAAUUUAUAUGGUGUUUCCACUUUACAAAAACAAAAAUAAUCGAUGGCGAGAUUUCGCAACAGAUACAAACAUACAGUCACAGAAUAAGGUACACAGAAGGUCGACUCGAGUAACGCUGCCACGCCAUGAUUCAUCAUCAAAAUGCUGACGCCAUGGUCCUAGCCAGUGCGGGUUUGAGAGGCAUUCCCCCCUGGACAUCCGCCAUUUUGAAUGAUAUCAGGGGGGUGAAUGCCUCUCAGACGCGCACUGGCUAGGACCAUGGCGUCAGCAUUUGAUGACGAAUCACGAGUUACGCCAAAAUCAUAGGAAAAUCAUAGGAAAAACGAAGAAGUCGGCCAGUGCUUCCAUUUUCAAGGAAAUUUCCUUUUCUAAGGAAAUUCUAGUGUCGAAAAGGAAAAUCCAAGGAAGAGAAAAAAUCUAAGGAAAUCUAAGGAUUUUUUCCGAACAACUUAAAUAUUCAUCCAAGUGCAUUAGUGCAGACGAAAGUUUCACUAUUUCUUGACUUUUUGAGUGAAUUAUCAAUUAUGUUUAAUUAAAAAUCUGUUUUUAACUUUUCCUCGUGUUUCCGAAAACUUUCGAAAGUUUUUGAGCGAUAGGAUUUAGUAACUUUUGGUGCCAAACACUGUGAAUAAUUAAUUAUUUAUAUCAAUGGGAAGGUAUAUGUUGUAAAAGCAUAACAAAUAUUUAAUUUUAAACAGUGUAAUAGCCUGUGGUUUUUUAGCUAGCAAUCAUCUUUGUUAAUUGUGCUAUUUUCUGCCUUUAACAUUGAUUAAAUCCUUUGUAUCGCUACAAAAACACUGCAAACCGCCUAAUGAAAUUUCAAGGAAUUUUCAAGGAAAUUAUGUAUACAAUCUAAGGAAUUUAGGGAAAUUUUGAUGAUAAAAAUGAGAAAUUUUGAUUUUUAAAAUGGAAGCACUGAAGUCGGCCUUCUGUGUACCUUAUUCUGUGAUACAGUACUGUGAUGAAUGGAGAAUAAAAGCAAAAACACAAACGAAAAAUUAAAUUAACCCACCCUCAUGGUACAGGAUGGAGUCUUUUGAGCAGACGAAACUGAUACAUCUUUCUCGCAGCGAUUUGUUUUGCCAAACCAAAACAAACCAAUCAGUGUUUCAUGUUUUAUAUUUCACUAUUGUGGAAGCCAUAUUUGCGCUAGAUGGUAACUCUUAUAUAACAAAAUGGCUGAUAGUGAUGUAUUUUGAAAUACAGAGUGAGGUCGCACUGUUUCAAAGGUUGUUGCUGAUUGGUUCAUAGGUGUAAUGUGGUGGUCGUGGUGGGCGGCCAAUCAUAUCGAGUUCUGAUAAAAGCUUAUUCAAACAUUAACUAACACAUUAAAUAUUAAUUUAUUGCUAAAAAUGGGGCAAUAAUAGUGAAAAUGAAUCGUCAUACACUUUGAUAUCAACAUAAUUACAUUACACUCUUGGACAUAUUUCAUUCGAUUUAUGAGUUUAAUUAUAAAUGCAAGUGGAUGCUAUGGUCGACCUAGCAAUGCAUUGAUAUUGCUGAAUUAUAAAGGUUAAUACUCUAUUUUUUAAGAAAUUUUACAAUGUACUGAAUCUAGUAAGGCUAGUAUAAUAUAUAUAGCAGUUGUGGUAGUGUGGCAGUAGUGUGGCAGUAGUGUGGCAGUAGUGUGGCAGUAGUGUGGCAGUAGUGUGGCAGUUACAGUGUGGCAGUAGUGUGGCAGUAGUGUGGCAGUACUGGUAGAGGUGUAGAGUAGCAGUUGAGGUGGUGGCGGUGGUAGCAAGCCAAUAGUAUUUGUGAUAUAUAAUGGUUGUUUUCAUAUUAAUAAUAUUACUCUAAAAAAAUAAAAUUUGCAGGAUAGUACAAAUACAAUAUAUAUGCAGCAGUAGCAGUUGAGGUAGUGAGGCGGUGGUGGCAGUGGUGGCGAUGGUGGCGGUGGUGGCGGUGGUAGCAAGCCAGUAGUAUUUGUGAUAUAUAAUGGUGUUUUCAUAUUAAUAAUAUUACUCUAAAAAAAUAAAAUUUGCAGGAUAGUACAAAUACAAUAUAUAUGCAGCAGUAGCAGUUGAGGUAGUGAGGCGGUGGUGGCAGUGGUGGCGAUGGUGGCGGUGGUGGCGAAGGUGGCGGUGGUAGCAAGCCAAUAGUAUUUGUGAUAUGUAAUGGUGUUUUAAUAUUAAUAAUAUUACUCUAAAAAAAUAAAAUUUGCAGGAUAGUACAAAUACAAUAUAUAUGCAGCAGUAGCAGUUGAGGUAGUGAGGCGGUGGUGGCAGUGGUGGCGAUGGUGGCGGUGGUGGCGGUGGUAGCAAGCCAGUAGUAUUUGUGAUAUAUAAUGGUGUUUUCAUAUUAAUAAUAUUACUCUAAAAAAAUAAAAUUUGCAGGAUAGUACAAUACAAUAUAUAUGCAGCAGUAGCAGUUGAGGUAGUGAGGCGGUGGUGGCAGUGGUGGCAGUGGUGGCGAGGGUGGCGGUGGUGGUGGCGGUGGUAGCAAGCCAAUAGUAUUUGUGAUAUAUAAUGGUUGUUUUAAUAUUAAUAAUAUUACUCUAAAAAAAUAAAAUUUGCAGGAUAGUACAAAUACAAUAUAUAUGCAGCAUUAGCAGUUGAGGUAGUGAGGCGGUGGUGGCGAAGGUGGAGGUGGUAGCAAGCCAAUAGUAUUUGUGAUAUAUAAUGGUUGUUUUGAUGUUAAUAAUAUUGCUCUAAAAAAAUAAAAUUUGCAGGAUAGUACAAUAGAUAUGCAGCAGUAGCAGUUGAGGUAGUGAGAAUGGUAGUAUGGUGAAGGCAGGGCCAUUCCUAGCGCGAUAAUUGGGGUCGGGGGGUAUAUUCAUAUAUUCGUGUUCUGCCAAGGCCUCGAAAUAAGUGCCAGUCACUGACCGGUAAAAAGUCACAGUUUGACCGGCAAAUCUUGUCGCCUGGCGGACAUACGUGACCAGUAAAUUUUUUAAUAAAAAAGUACAUUAAAAAAUGGAGCAGAUUUUAAUUUCCAAUUUUCCAAAGAAGCGUAUAUGUCCGUCUACAGUGCAGGCAAAUAAUGGCGGCGAAGUGACACAUUUUGUCAUACAUGCAGAUACGAUAUACCACAAGCAUUGUACCUAAGGGGCGGAUAAUUUGACUUUGGGGGGGGGGUUGGAAGAUUUCAAAAAAAAUAUUCCUGCAACCCAAGGAGAAAGAAAGAAAAAAUCAUGCAGCAUACAAUCGAGAAAAAAAAUAUCAUGCAAAAAGGGGCGCUCAAAAAAAUAUUCUUGCAUGUAAAUCUACUGAAGCUUUUCACUUCAGUAUUGUAUCCACAGGCUUGAAAGAUUUUGCAUUUUUGAGCAGCUAGCACAUUUGCUUAAAAGAACACUGGGUAAACAGUGGACAGCAUCACAGGGAUAGCCAGUCGGACAUUCCCUGGCAAAAUUGUUGCCCUUUCUAUAAUAAACAGAAAAAUACAUGGGCAUGGGCGUCAAUCCUUGGGAAUGGGGUGGGGGGGGGCAUGUCCCGCAGUUUUUGGAGUAGGGGGGACGAAUAUCUAAUUAUCCCCCCCCCCACACUUUUUGACAUGUUUAAUGAAAUUUUGUUUCUUGGUUAUCUAAAAACCUAAUGCAUGGUCAUUGCUGUUCUUCAAAAAUUGUGAAUGAAUGGAAGACAUUUAAUAAGAAGUACAACGUAUGAUCUUUCUGUAGCCGCUCGGAGCAAGUACUGAUAUCUCAUAUGUAAAAUUGUAAAUAUUUAAAAAUAAUUGCGUCUUAACUGUGUCGUCUAACCCUACAAGGUUAUUACAGUUAGCUUGCACCUUCAUAUUAUGUAAUAUUUAAUGAAGAGAAGCAGUGGCGGACGCUAGGGGAGGGGGCGAGGAGUGGCCCGAGCCCCCCCCCCCGAUAAUUUUAAAAGACUGUAAAAAUCUUGUACCAAAUAACACAAAUCACACUCAUAUAACGUAAUUGUCAUAUCAAAUAAUAACUAUUAGAUAAAACUUAAGCUAAAGCAGUAAGCAAUAUACCAAACAAUAUAAUAAUAUACGUUUCUGUACUGUACAUGACACAACAUACGCAUUUUAUACAUUCUUUUUGACGGAUACUAGGAGGUCAACUUUUUGCAACAGGCACUUCUUUAAAUGUCAUUGUCGAUUUUUUGUUGUUUUUGAAGCUUAUACUAGUCUUUAGCAGCAAAAUUUUCUGCUGCACAAUAAUAUUUGAAUGCGUAUUAAACUAUUAUGCUCAAAAACAACGGAUAAUUCAAUUAACAUUCCAAUUUUAAUUAUGUUAACAAAAACAAAAGCGUGCGCAGCGAAUAAAUUUCACUCACUCAGAAAUGGUAAUAAUCAUGUAAAUAUUUUCUCUGAAAUGUUGUUUUUCUAUGCUUUGCAUGUGAUUUAUAACUGAAUUAAUGCCGACCAUUAAAACAGUGUUUUGAAAACCUAGUUUUUACAAAAUGUGUUCUCAGAAUGCUGCAAAUGCCAUUUCUGGGAUCCAAAUUUUAAAAUUUUUCCGUGCCUUUGGCACGAGCCCUCCCCCAAAUAUUUCGUAAAGUGUCCGCCACUGAAGAGAAGUUAUAUGUAAAUUUCCAGGUGCUAAUAAAUAUUGAUUAAUAACUGAGUUUCCCUUACAUAGAUGAUUAUCAUCAAAAUAAGGCAAAUAGAUCGGAAGAGCAAUAGAGUGAGGACAUGUUCAUCGAGAGUAACGUCUGUUUACAGGCUAGGACAUGUUGGUUUCUAGAGUGUUUCUCACAUGGUUAACAUUCUCACGUGGAUUUAAGAUCAGCACAUUGUAAUAUAACUUUAUAAGUGCCUCCAAAACGCUGGGAAUGCCGUUUCAGUGUACCAAAAUUUAAAAAAAAAUCGGGUAGCAUGCCUCCGGACAUUCAUAAUUUGGAGUCCGUCCCCCCCCUCCCCCACUUUUUGGGACUUCGUGUUGAACAUGAUAUCUCACUUGUUUGCUGCGCUCACUUGUGAGAUAUCAUGUUCAACACUCUCUAUCUAUUAACUAUACAGGGUGUAUAAAAAAAAAGCAACCUCGGAAUUUCCUAAGAAAUCACUUUGCAUUCUUAAGCAUAAAAGAUUUUAGGCCCCUGGGAAUUGAAAUCAAAUUGCUAAUAGAUCAUAUUACCGUCGUUUUGCAUUAAAUAAAUUUUGCUUUAUGCAACUCGCGUGUGCAGUAAUUUUGACAGUUGUGCUAUUUUAAAUUCCCAGGCGCCUAAAAUCUUUUGUCUUUAAUUUAAAACAAUGUCGAUUUCUCGGGAAAUUCCGAGGUUGCAUUUUUUUUAUACACCCUGUAUAUGGCUACGCUAAAUAUUUCAAUACAGACAAUGGAUUGCAAUAAUUUGCAAAACAGUUAUGUCAUAGGUGGUUAUGUUUUCAGAAGUUUAUGUUUUUGAUUGGUUGGUUGCGUGCGUCUCCCAGCACACAUACUUUAUGACCGGGCCCUAGAAAGCACGUUUUCCCAUGACAUAUUUUUAAUAGUAUUACAUUCUUUUGUAAAUAAAUUAUUUUGCUGGUGGUGUUACAUGUUGUGUUUUUAAGUUACGUAGCGACAUGAGCUAUGGGUAAGUGCAUGGGCUGAGAUAUCACAAAAUAAUAUCCCAUUUGUGCUGUCUUCUAUACUUUCAAUAUCAUUAGUAAAAAUGUUAUCAAUUAAUGUGGCAGUGUGUUGUGUGAUUCUUGUUGGUCUUAAUGUAAGUGGGAAAAAUGAAGACGUAAACAUUUGUUCAAGAAAUCUGCUAGUAUAAAUCACAAGAUUCUGAUUUCAACAGAUCUGUAUUAAUUAAUGAAAUCUCCCAUGAGCUGGCCUAUCUUAUUUUCUUUGUCUAUUUUGCCUAGUAUCUGAUUCAUUAUAUUUUCAAACAAAUCAAUUUUAUUAUUUGGCGGUCUGUAUAUUACCCCUAUUAGGGACCGGUCGUAAAGUAACUGCUAGGGUGGGCUGGAGUUUUUUGGGAUGGGCCAUGGAAAAUCUUUGGGCAGUUUUUUUUUGUAUGUCCACGGUUGGGCCACCAAACAAAAACCAAUAUAUUAUAUAAAGAUAUUAAUAAUAAAAGUAAACAAAACUAUCCAAAUGCAAAUGAUGCUAUUGAAGCCAGUACUUUGUUUUAUCAAACAAGAAGAGGUGGUCGAAUCACAGCAAAUACAACCAAAUGGAGAACAGCUCAGUAUCGUAAUUGGUGAUGAAUGUGUUGGUCAAGCUUGGUGGAAUUACGUAUGUCAAUACAGUUCCAGUGUAUAUUUACAAUGUUCAUACCUUCAAAUUUUUUUUUUAUAAAAGUGUAUUUCCCCAAUUUAGAUUGGGCGGGUGGGUCAUGAAAUAAAUUUGGUAAGAUUAGAUGGGCUUUGAAAUUUUUAUCUACAUCCUAAGAUGGGUCACCAAACUUAUUGGAAAAAUUUGUGAUUUACCUCCAGCCCACCCUAGCAGUUACUUAUGACCAGUCCCUUAAUAGUAAUACGUUUCACCAACAGCUGUAACGAGUUUUAUGAAUAUGGAUUCAAUUGUAGUUUACCGCUACGAUUCAUGAUGAUAAAUACAGUAAGUAAGUAAGUAAGUAAGUAAGUAAGUAAGUAAGUAAGUAAGUAAGUAAGUAAGUAAGUACAAGUAAGUAAGUAAGUAAGUAAGUUUGCAAAAGUCCUCAUUAAUAUUAUCAUUUAGCCACGUCUCAGUUCAGUUAAACCUAUUAUGUCUAAUGGUAUGUUUAAUUAAUGAUUUGGUUUACUCCUUCAAAGAGUCAAAUUUAUUAACUAUUAUGCUUCUUGUAUUUAAGUGUAACAUCGAAAAGCUUUCGUUGAGAUUCGCCUUGUUGGUAAAUUUAUUGAAAUCAUUUGGUAAACUUAAUAUUCACAGUUGUUUAUUAUUGUUUUUUUCCAUAUUUGCGUUGUUUUCAGAUUUAUAGGCAAUAUUAUUAAAACGAGUGUCGAAAGGGUUAAAUUUCAAAUGCCUUAGCCUAUAUCCAUAUCGUUUUCACUGAUAUUUUUUCGUUUAAAACGGUAAAUUAAUACUCUAAAUCGUCAAGUGUGUGGUAGUAUUAUUAUUAUUAUUAUUAUUAUUAGUAUCAGAUAAGCAAUUUUGACACAUGUCAAUAGUGUUAUUUGUAUUGGAGUCAAAUGACUUUGCGCAAGCAGACACAGCGUGAAACAAUUUUUCACAUGUGAGACAUUGACAUUCAAUAUAUUUUUGUGUUUCUUGAAUUAUUUUGAAGCAGGAAUAGCAUUUUUUCUUGUGCUUAUUUUUACCAGUAGCCAUUUAGAAAGUAGUUUUGUCCAAUGUUAAAUUAGAUUUUCAAAACACACCGCAAUAUACAUGACAUAGUAUUAAGUGAGUGUUUGUAUUAACGUGUAUUAGUAUUAUUAAAAACUUGCCCUUCAAUAAUCAAUUUAUCCUUAACAAUUCUUGAUUGUUUUCCCGCAGCUCUUGCCUUCUUCAAUUCAGGGAAGCAGCUCUUGCCUUCUCCGUUACGGCCAAUUCGAUGAGAUCGGUCAAUCUUGACAUGCUUACGCUUACGUGCGUCUUCGAUUUGAAGUAAUGAACGAUUUCUAUCUUUUGCUCUAAGAGAUCAUGUAUAAUUUCCGUUGUAUUCUCCUUCUCGUGUUCGGGUAUGUUGAAGAACAACAGGUUGUCGCGCAUAGACCUCGCUUGUUAUAAAGUCUAUUAUCUUGUUGCGCAUAGACUGUAUAUUAGCAUAUCGCAUGUCAAUAGCAAUAUAAUUUCGUUUUGGAAAGUGAUUUUGUAUAGAUUUUAUUGAUAUUAUAUCGAUUUAACUCAUAAAAUAUGCUUCGCAAGUCAACUGUUAUAUUUAUAUCAUGAUUAUCGCGGAUAUUAUAUAUUUAACUCAUGAAUUUAUUUAUCGCACCUUGAAACUACACACUUGACUUGUUAGUGAUACUGAUAUCAUGUGUCUAUUCAUGAUUUCGUUUUGGGAAGUGAUUUUGUAUCGAUUUAAUUAAUAUUGUAUCGAUUUAACUCAUAAAAUAUUCUUCGCAGCUCAGUUGUUAUAUUUACAAACAGGCAAUUGCCGCGGAUAUUAUAUAUUUAACUCAUGAAUUUAUUCAUCGCACUCGAUCUUUCUCGAGUCUCGAAGCGAGAUUCAAACGGAAGUAAGAAAGGCCUCUAAAGUGAUUCUGUGAUUCGUCGACCACCACGACCACCAAUUAACAUGCUCUAGCCAAUGGCGUUAGACCUUGCAAACGGUGCGACCUAACAGCAUUCUUUGCUAAAAUGUGUACCAGGAAUACUGAAAUCUUUCAGAUCAGCUACCAAUUCCCUUUAUAACUUAUGUAGCCAACUGUUCUAUCAAUUUCUGUUCAGAUUAAACAAAUGAUGGAUAAAAUAUUGUUCUAUCAAUUUCUGUUCAGAUUAAACAAAUGAUGGAUAAAAUAUUAGUUUAGAUUCUUUAAAAAAAAAUGAGCUUGCCUAUUUUGAAAGCAUAAAAAGCAAUAAAAUAAAGCAAAAGUACUUAUUUUUAAUUUAAAACCUUUGGAUUGCAUAGCUUAAUGUUCCACUAAAUAUUACAAAGUUUUUGUUCAUUGAAAUGUUGUUUUAUCAGCUUUAAAACCAGAUAAAUACACGAAGCACUCCUAUAAAUAUAUGUCGCCAUAUUGAUUUUUUCGCGCAUGCUCCAUACAAAAUGCCCAGCUGUUGGUGAAGGCUAUUUCAGAUACGGUAGAGCACCCAACCUCGUUCCCAGGGUAUUUGCUCUUGGGAAGCAAAGACCCUGGUGGACGCUGGUCACGUGAUCUGCUAAAAUCUAGCAGAUUUUUAAUUAGCGUUGUUUUGUCAAUCUGGGAGGGGUGGGAAUGUAGUAGUUGACAUUCGCCAGAUGCAUUAGUGCUGUAUACUUCACUUUACAUGUAUUAAUAAACAUGAUUUAUAUACUGUUCUAAAUUCGUACUCAUCAUGACAAGAUUUCCUGCUAUUGAAUGUCAUCAAUAAUAAGUGCUGCGGUACAUUUCAAGCGAGAAGCUGGAUCAUAUUUCACUUGCAAGGAAACUAUACUCCAUACGCGCCUGGCUAGUGAGCACGCAUCAGAUCGCCGUAUAAACAUACAUAUCUGAUAUCUUCUACACCGACUGAUCGAUCAAACGGUAUUUAUAUAAAACGAACGAUAUGAUAUGGUUGUUUAUAGUUGAAAUGUAUCCUGUCCGAUAUUCAAAACAAAGGAUUUAUUUUAUAACGCGAUCCUUUGAUUUCCCAACUGAAGUACUGAACAUCGCCAACUGUGCAUAUAAAAACAAUAGUGCUGUUUUGACUGUGAAUUACAGUAAGCACAGGAUUAAAACCCGUUAUUCCUUUUAUUUACAUUGCUGAAACAGCUCAACGAUCAAGAAUGAUAUAUGUCGAAGUACAGCUACAGUAUACAGUGUAUCGGUGCGUGCGGUACAACUUGAAUAUCUAGGACGAUAUAUGCACUAGACUAAAUUAUAUCAUAUAUUGCAGUAAACAUUAUAAAUCUUAUAAAGACCUUUCAUUGGCAUUGGUAUUAAUGCCCAGGCAUUUGAAGAAUAAUCCAACUUAAAAUCCAGCUUCAUUCGACUUGUAUAAUGCCUCUACUGUGAGUCAUCAAUAUUUAAAUCAACUUUAGGUCUUUAAUCUUUAUCGUAUAUAUACCCCUAUACUGUGUCGUAACUGUAAUUGAAGUUUUAGAAGUUUCACCAAACGAUACUUCGUAACUGUAAGCAAACAAACUAUCUAUCAGUAUCAAUAGAAACUUUAAAAGGCUUAAUAAAACUCAUUAAGUAAUUCUAUGAGCGAGACUUGGUGCGCAUACUCAGUUUAUGAAUUAUGUAUAUAUAAAUAUAUAUCCCUGGACCCUGAUAAGAUAAAACGUAUAUAUAGGGACACUUCGUACCAGAUAUAAUAACAAAUACUUUGCUAAAUCUUUUCGGAUAUCAUUCCUUUGCAUUCAGGGUGGGAGGGUGAAUGGCGAUAGCUAUAAUUUAUUAUAGGAGAUUCUGUGCAAUAUUUUGGCUCCACAAAGACGUAGUCGUGAAGACAAAAACACGGUGCACUGUCGAGUGUCGAUUCCAAACAAUUUUGUCAGUCGCUUUUGAUACCUCUAUUUUACAAAAUUUAUACCGUUUCCUUUCUAUAUGACAACAAUUCAAUGGCAUAUUAUAAGAAUAUUGUAAAUAUCUGAACCCGAGGCAGAGCCAGGACAGAAACGUACGUAUGAAAUGAAAAUAUUGCGCCCGAACCCCGAGAGAAUAUUAAAAACGCAAAUAUUUCAAACAAUACGGUCAUACGUUUUCGUUGCUUGAUUUGCUGACUUGUCUGUUAGUACAAGAAUCUGCAUUUUACCAUGUUUGUAUAAUUUAAAACGGCAAACAGAAACCAAUUUUACGGUGGCCCACAGGUGUCAGUACACACACAAAAUCGAAUACCGAAACCAAAGUCAAAAACGUAAUUCUAAACUUAAAACACUAGUCCAAAUUAUCAACUCACAAUUCCAAAUUAUCAACUCACAAUUCCAAAUUAUCAACUCACAAUUCCAAAUUCUCAACUCACAUUCCAAAUUCUCAACUCACAAAUUAAAAUUGUCAACUCACAAUUCAAAAUUGUCAACUCACAAUUCAAAAUUAUCAACUCACAAAUUAAAAUUGUCAACUCACAAUUCAAAAUUAUCAACUCACAAUUCAAAAUUAUCAACUCACAAUUCAAAAUUAUCAACUCACAAUUCAAAAUUGUCAACUCACAAAUUAAUUUUACGGUGGCCCACAGGUGUCAGUACACACACAAAAUCGAAUACCGAAACCAAAGUCAAAAACGUAAUUCUAAACUUAAAACACUAGUACAAAUUAUCAACUCACAAUUCUAAACUUAAAACACUAGUCCAAAUUAUCAACUCACAAUUCCAAAUUAUCAACUCACAAUUCCAAAUUAUCAACUCACAAUUCCAAAUUCUCAACUCACAAUUCCAAAUUAUCAACUCACAAUUCCAAAUUCUCAACUCACAAUUCCAAAUUCUCAACUCACAAAAAAUUGUCAACUCACAAUUCAAAAUUGUCAACUCACAAUUCAAAAUUAUCAACUCACAAAUUAAAAACUCAUUUGCCCAGGCCACCAGUGUUUUCGCGCACAACAUGGCCGUACAGAAUCUUUUGUGGCUGCGAUUGUGGCAUGUUUUGUUCAUCAUGCGGUUACAACUUAGAGGAAACGUUUAAUUUUUGCCCAAAUUGCGGUACAAGAGCUGCACGUCCAUCGGCGGAGGGUGAGACAGAUUCCACUACAGUGCAUUCUGAAGCUGACUGUGAGAAAGAAGCAAUUGAAAGUUACUUCUUUGCAGGGUAUGAAUACGAUACAAUACUAUGUUUCCUAAGUAAGCAUCAUGGCAUCACUAUGUCAUUGUCGACACUUAAAAGGCGUUUAAAGCAGUAUGAACUAAAAAGAAAAACAGGCGACGAAGUAAGCGAUAAUGAGCUUAUGGAGAUUAUUAGGAAAGAAAUCGAUGGGCCAAGCUGUGUUUCGGGAUAUAGAACAUUAUGGCACACUCUUCGUCUUAAAUAUAGAAUGUGUGUUCCACGAGCUCGUGUGCAAGCAUUACUGAAGGAGAUAGAUCCUGUUGGAACAGAGCAACGGAAGCGUCAUAGGCUGAAAAGAAGAGAAUACAAAUCCCCUGGACCAAACCAGUGCUGGCAUGUUGACGGCUACGACAAACUGAAGCCAUUUGGAUUUCCACUACAUGGCGCCAUAGAUGGUUAUAGCCGUCGCAUGCUAUGGUUGAAGGUUACAAGAACUAAUAGUAACCCAGCUGUAAUUGCUAAAUAUUAUCACGACUGCAUCGAGGAGUUAGGUGGUUGCCCAAGAAUUUUAUCAACAGACCCUGGCACUGAAAAUGUUGAAAUAGCAACCUUGCAGUGUUAUCUGAGAGGUGAUGGUACAGAUGACUUUGCCGGUGAAAAGGCGCAUCGUUAUGUUGCAUCAACAGCAAAUCAGCGAAUUGAGUGCUGGUGGUCCAGUUUGAGACGAAGUCGUACAUCAUGGUGGAUAAACUUUUUUAAGGAUUUAUCUGAAAGAGGGGUGUACAUAAGUGGUAACAUUUAUCAUAAUGAAUGUCUUUGGUUUUGUUUCAAUGAAAUUCUACAACAGGACUUAGAUUUUUUCAGGGUUCAUUGGAACACUCAUUACAUUCGUCAAUCAAGACACGAUACAAUCGCAGGGAAACCUGACGAACUUUUUUUCUUGCCUGAAACCUUUGGAG